AUGGCCAACGGUGCGGAUCAGCAGCAACCUGAGGCUUCAACAGUCCCAUGUUCGUGUACAUUCUCAACUGCAAUGAAAUAUCAGAAAAUGAAAGAUCACUUUCGGAUUGUUGUGCAGAAGAGGUCUGUUCAGCAAAUUGAUCAAGACGAACAUCUGCAAACGAAUCAUGAACACUUCUCCACUUCCGCCGUUGAAAGGGAAAAUGCUUUGAAGGUCCUGGAAAUAUGGUUGCGUGAAGAUGUGAUUCGCCCAACUAACUCGUCCGUUAGAGAUUCUCCUCCGCUUUUCAGUGAUAGCGCAAAAAUCACGUACACAAUGAAUCCAGAUCGAGACCAUAGGCAAGUUGCCUUUCUUGUUAGUGCUUUCGCCUUCUUUUCUUUUUUAGAAGAGGCUGAACUGCAUGACAUUGCGUUAUCCCGUCUGUUAACUAUUAUGAAUAUUCCAGUGCUCGAAGAACUCGUUGCAGUGCCGCGGCAACCAACGGUUAGAAUUCAGUCCCCUAUUGUUCCAUGGUUCCAAAUUGCUAGAACUUGUGCUCCAGCUCUUCAUUUUCAAUCUAGUGGAAAGCCAGAUAUUAAGGGAAUUCACGAAUGGGCAAAAUUAGCCCUUGGCGUUGUAAGUGAACGAUAUGCACUAAUUACACAUCGCGGGUCGUCGCCACUUAUUCCAACGGACUACUUUGUUGUUCUGGUUGCAAUUGUGAAACAAUUGUUAGGCAUCCAAUUUAAAUAUCUCUAUCUUAUUAUUCCUCAGCACAUGCGUGAUCAUCUCAGUAAUGUUGUCCAAUUUCUUGAGAAGACUACAGGGACCGAUUCAUCGACUAAAUUCAUCGGAAUUUGUAUCACUGCGUGGCCUUUAAUAUUUUGGGAUAAUGGUUCGUGUUUCAUGAGUGUUUUGUGUUUGAUCUCGCGCAAAGCUAUUGCGAAGGCAGUAUAUUUUUUUUUGAUAAAGCUUUUCUUCGUUGUCGUUUUUAUUGGCCAACGACAUCAUAGUUUUAGAAUGUCCGUAUGCCAUUUUAAAUUAUGA